AUGGGGACUAUUGGUGAACAUACUUAUGACAAGAUGAGUUUUGGAAAUCAUCCCAAAAGUAAAUAUAGAAAUGAAAUUGUAAACGCAUUUAUUGAGGAAAUUAAACAAAAUCCCCAAGACUGGAAAAUUAUUAAAGGGGUAGAACCCAUAAUUAACGGCGUUCCUUUUAAUUACGGAACAGAUUAUUCGGCAGUAGAACACAAAUCAGGGAGAAGACAUUACAAACCAGAUUUUAUCCAGAUUGCUAGUUUUUCUGAUGAGGAAUGGACUGAAAUUGAAAAUGCUUUAAAUCAUAACAAAGAACUUGACAAAGAGAACACAAAUCGGAAGAAAGUGCUAGAAGAUAAUAAUUACAACGACUUAACCCAAGAAGAACUAAAUAAAGAAAUCAAAGAAUUAAACUCAGAAAUAGAAGAGUUAAAAACCAAUCAAAAUAUAAGUAUUUCUGAACGACAAACAAAAUUACAAAAAAAACAAGAAAAAUUAGAGAAACUAGAAAAAAUUAGAUCCAACUCUACCCAAAAAACAAAAUCAGGUAAUAAUUUUCCAACUGGUUGA